AUGCGAAAUUAUUCUCAAUAUAAUGAUGGUUUCAAGUAUAUACUUUGUGUUAUUGAUGUAUUUAGUAAAUAUGCUUUUGCAAGACCAAUGAAAAAGAAAAACUCAGAAACAACUAAAGAAUGUUUUGAAAGUAUAUUUACUGAAAGUAAUUUAACACCUACUCACAUACAAUCCGAUAAAGGUACAGAAUUUGUUUCAAAAGAUGUACAAAAAUACUUUAAAUCCAAAAAGAUUAAUUACUAUACCACUAACAAUCCUGACAUUAAGGCCAGUAUUGUUGAACGAUUUCAAAGAACACUAAAAAUGAAAAUGUGGCGUUAUUUCACUCAUAAUAAUACUUAUAGAUAUAUAGAUGUUUUACAAGAUUUAAUAUACUCUUAUAAUCACAGCUUUCACUCUAGUAUUAAGAUGUGCCCAUGUGAUGUAAAUUCCAACAAUAUUAUGACAGUUUGGACUAAUCUUUAUGAUAGACGGUCAAAAAAACUUUCUUUAGAAAAUCCUAAACCAAAUUUCAAUGUGGGUGAUUAUGUUCGAAUAACUAAAUAUAAACAUGUAUUCCAAAAAGGAUAUGAAUCAAAUUGGAGUGAUGAAAUAUUUAUUAUAUCUUCAAUAAUUGAUAGAUCUCCAUGGGUUGUUUAUACAAUAACAGAUUUACAAAAUGAACCAAUAAUUGGUACUUUUUAUGAAAGAAAAUUACAGAAAAUCACUUACAACCCCACCUCACAACAUAAAAUAGAUAAAAUAAUUGACACUCGUUAUUCAGGUAACAGAAAAGAAGUAUUAGUGAAGUGGAAAGGUUAUCCAGAUAAAUUUAACAGUUGGAUUUUAGCUUCUAGUUUAAAAGAAAUAUGA